UCAGAUCAAUCUUUUUCAGAAAUUACAAUUACCAGUGAUAAAAUUUUUUAUAUACUUUACAAACACAUCGGAAAUGUUUAAAAAGAAAAAAACAAUAAUUCCCAUGACAAAAACGCAAGGAACAGGAAAGCAAGAACUGAAAGAAACAGCCAAUCCACAGGGCAAAGCCAGCACACCGUUUUCUCCUACGGUUAGGCACGGAAUUAGGCGCUCCGAUUUCUUCCUGGCCGCCGGAUUAAUCCUCCCAUCUCCUCUCGAGGGCGUUUGGAGGUGGCGAAAUUUUUUGCUAGCUUCUUUAUUUCUUUCUGUUUCUUGCGUGAAUUGGAUUGGAGGAACAGACGAGUUGGGGGUUAAUCCCGAUUUAGGAGUUGCUUGUUUAAUCUGGAGAGGGGAAAACUGUUUUCAUUUUGAGAAUCUUGGAUCGGCGAGGCGAGUUUAUCCGUUGGUUGGCUUCUUGUUGCAGGUGAGGAGUGGUUUGAUGCUGGUUUCUUUGGAUUUCUUGUACUCCAACUCUUACAUUUUGGCCUAGAUUGCGCGUUAAAAAUCCCAUCUUGGAGUUUCUUGUGUUGGUGAUUCCGACUUGAGCUGCUGUUGUUCGUGAUUCCAACUCGAUGAUGCCUUCUGAUUUGGUUUUUCACCAAACUGAGGGUCAGGUUCUUAGUGAGAGAUGAUGAAACUAAAAGGUACAACGCUACAUAACUUUAGGGAUAGCAAUCUAAACUUUGCUGCUGAAGGGAUGCCUGCAGUGAAGAAGGAUGAUGUUAGGACGCAUCGGCCAGUUGGUAUGAGAAAAGGCAGAUGGGUUCUUGGUGACAUAACUGAGGUUUUGGAUCGUAAUUCGUGGAGGCUUGGGAAGAUCGCAAAGGUGCUGAAGGAUGACUAUUUCGUCAUCAGGGUAACAGGUUGCAUGCAAAUGAGAGAAUUCCACAUAUCUUGCUUGAGGUUUCCACAUGCCUAUCAUGGCAAGCAGUCAGCUGUAAUAGACAAAGUCAGAAAGCAGAGUGAAAAACAGACCCAACAUGUUGAUCAAACAUUUCAUCACUCAAAAAUGGUGAUGGAAGAUGAUCAUCACUCCAAUGAAGCUAAUGAUCACAUCACUAAGAGGCACAAAGCGAUCAAUCUCUGUCCUUCCUCUAGUGCAAGAAAUGUGAAGAAAAAAUUAGAACUGACUAGGAUGCCACCAGAUGAUUCAAUUCCAGGAGCAAGCAAGAAAAGGAGAGUAGAUGCACAUGAAGUUCAUCGGCAAACCAGGAAACCACAGCCUCUGAAAGUGUCUGCAAAGAAUGACAUCCACAGAGAUCUCUUUUGUAGACCUUCUAGUGAAAGAUACAAUGAUCUUGCCAAGAACAACUUAACAAAGAGAAAACCAGACAGCAUAGUUCGUCCUCCAUCCCAAAUGCCUCUUCAAGUUAGAGAAGAAAACGAGUGUUCUGUGGCUAGUUGUAGUGUGAAUUUCUCAGAACACUCUAUGAACACUGACACACAAUCUGUCGGAGUCAGGAACAGCUUCCCUGAUGAUGCCAUGUCUUCAUGUCCAUCCAUGCUUAGGCAGGAGAGUGACAAUGUCCAUGGCUGUGAUUUCAAAAUGGAUGUCCAUGAGCUGGAGCUACAAGCAUAUCAAUCAACAGUGAGAGCUUUCUAUGCAUUGGGACCACUGACAUGGGAGCAAGAGUCACUUCUGACAAAUCUGCGCCUUUCGCUUAACAUCACAAAUGAGGAACACUUGCUUCAGUUGAGACACCUAUUAUCUUCUUGAACCAUUGAAUCUUCUCCAAUAUCAGAUAAGUUGAGAACUGAAGGCUAUACAUCUAACGGUUUUCGCAAGAACAGUGUGCUGUUCUGAGCUCGGUGUAUCUCUUCGUCUCCAUCUUGUAGAUAUCUCUGGAGCUUACUUCCUCCUUUUUCCACCUUUGAUGGUGUUGUAAAUAUAAAAACAGUUGUGGAAAUUUUACUGGUAGUUUAUUGUAUUUCACCAAACUUUUGUUGUUAGAAGUAAAUGAGAAUUUGAUGGUUUUUACUUCCAGGAGCAUGAAAAGCUACAGCAAAAUUAUGGUUUUA